CUUAGGUAACUUUUCCCGACUUUUCCUCCUACACCACUGUUUAAAACAUUCCUAGACCGAGCGAAUUUAGUUCUACAAACGACAAAGUAGUGCAAAUUCAGACCAUACUUCGGCACGUGUUAAACUGAUCGAUUAAUACAUUGCUCUGCCUUGACAAAAAUGUGAUAAAAUGCUGUUGUCAACGAACUAGCGUCACGCGAACAUUACAAACGAUGAUGUUGCAUUAACUUUGUUUGUUAUCUGAAGAGUAGGGAGACGAUUGCAUGGUGUGUGUGUGUUACUGCCGGAGUAUAUAAACGUCAUUUAUUAGGUUAUAGCUUUGCGAAGUGUUUCAAAAGAUUUCCCGUCGUAGAAACUGAGUGUUCAGAUCUCUUCAAAAUGGCUCUGCUGACGGCUAGUUGGGCCGUGGAUGGCAUCCUCCUCCUCAUGCCUUUCACGGCGUUCCUGUACUAUCUUCUGACACGAAAUUACAAAUAUUGGGCGAAACGAGGGGUCAUGGAGAUCCCGCGAACACCUCUGCUAGGAAAUUUUGGCGACUGCAUGUUGGGAAGGACAUCACCCUCUGAACACCUGCACGGCUUGUACAACAAAUCCAAAGGUCUACCUUACAUGGGCUUCUACAUCUUCAACAAACCAUACUUCCUAGCACGGGAUCCUGAUCUUGUGAAACAUAUCCUGGUGAAGGACUUCCACGUAUUUGCAGACAGACAUGUGACUGCGGACGAAAUACACGAUCGCUUGGGGUAUGCGAACCCCUUCCUGAUCAAAAAUCCUGAGUGGAAGAUGCUCAGAACUAAGCUGACCACGAUCUUCACGACAGGAAAGCUGAAGAAGAUGUUUGAUCUGAUGUUGCUAAUUGCUAAAGACCUUGAGCAGCAUUUGAACGCUCUGAAUUUGGAAGGUAAUGGAAAGGCAAUUGAACUGAAGGAUCUCAGUGCGAAUUUCACUACCGAUAUGAUUGCCAGCACCUCUUUCGGUUUGAGUGUAAAAUCGUUGGAAAAUCCGAAAGCGCCAUUCAGGGAGGCGGGCAGAGAAAUCUUCGGCUACAGUUUGCGACGCAGUCUUGAAUUUAUGAUUAUAUUUUUCUUGCCGGAAUACAUCAAGUAUACGCGACCGAAGUUUCUCGGGAGGAAUGCCAGUGAGUUCUUGCGAAACGUUUUCUGGGACGUUAUUAACGAACGGAUUAAGUCUAAACAGAAGCGAAACGAUCUCAUCGAUCUGCUGAUUGAACUACGAGAGAAGCACGGAAAUGACAAAGACAUGAAAGGAUUCGACUUCAAUGGCGAUGAUUUGGUGGCACAGGCAAGCGGUUUUUUUGUUGGUGGUUUUGAAACAUCCUCUAGUACCAUGUCUUUCACGUUAUACGAAUUAGCCUUGCAUCCCGAAAUUCAGAAAACUCUUAGGAACGAGAUCCACGAAGCCCUCGAGGAAUCUGGUGGCAAGAUCACGUACGAAAUGGUUAUGACGCUACCAUAUCUCGAUAUGGUAAUAUCGGAGACCCUCCGUAAAUACCCACCCCUGGGAUUUUUGGAUCGCGUCACUUGCCAGGAUUACAAAGUACCAAAUUCUGAUCUGGUGUUGGAGAAAGGUACACCAGUGUACAUACCCAUGAUGGGAAUACACCAUGACCCGGAGUACUAUCCUGACCCAGACAAAUACGACCCAUUGAGGUUCACCGAAGAGAACAAACGGAAGCGACCGAACAUGACAUACUUCCCCUUCGGCGAUGGACCUCACAAUUGCUUCGGUUCUCGAUUGGGACUCAUGCAAUCGAAGCUCGGAGUAGUGCAGGUGAUCAAAGAUUACGAAGUGACGCCCUGUGAUAAAACAACGGUUCCAAUGGUUCUGGAUCCCAGAGGACUCACUACGACAGCUCAAGGUGGAUUAUAUGUGAAGUUCCGAAAGCUCACAACUGCAGCUGGUUAAAUCCUCGAGUUGCAUUGAAAGUUGUACAGUGUUGUCGAUGUAUUCGGAUAAUGGUUGUUAGAUACCGUCUGUAUAUAAUUUUGUUAUUAAGCGCUAUGCGUUAGGCUGAAAUAAAGAUGAAAGUACAGAUGAA